AUGACCUUACUAACAAACUGGAUAUCAGUCCUAAAGGCAUUUCUUCUUCUCUUAUAUUUUUGGAGAGCAAAGGUCUAUGCUUCUGGAAACCCAGAGGAGGAAAUAGAUUUCACUUAUGUGACUAUAGGAGUUACACUGGGAGCAUUGCUAGCAAUCGCUUUUGUAGCAGUAAUAAUCUGCAUGAUCAAAAAACAAAUGAUUGACAAUGUCUUCGGAGAGUCAGAUGGCAAAAUGGAUAGAAGGAACAGUAAGAUCAUUCUCAGUUUUGAGCAUCUAAUGGGUUCAUGUGUAGAAGAGGCAGUGAUAGACUGUUUAGGUCAAACAUGGGAUCAAGCCAAAACAGAGAUGAUGCCAACAUACUACAAAAACAAAGUACAGGUGAUCAAUAAUCCUUUUGAAAUCGACACUUACCUGGUCUGA